UUAUUGUUGUCCUUAGUUACAUCUGGUAACACCUAAUAUUAUUGCUGACGCUGUAUUCCAUUGUAAUGCUCGAUCAUAGUACUUUUAGUCAGUCUACUGCCAAACUUCACCGAGAGCACUUCUCUCUUUUUCGAUGUAUAUUUUAUAAUUAUGUGUUUGAAAAUAAAGUUUUCUUUUUAAAAAGGUGUUUGGUUACCCCAGAACUAUAACUGGCGCCCGAACUACCUUCCUUACGUUUUUUCGAGGUUGUUCAUUUAACAACAAGUUUUUUUCGAUUCGCGAUCUUUAAUUUCGACUUCGUGAAAAAUCCGGAAAACCAGUGAGUGAGGUGAACCCUUCAAGACAAGUUCUCUGCGUACCACACCUGCGACCUUCGAAGUUCAACCUGGCAGACAACGAAGACUCCUUCCACAAAUUUGAGACGGAAGUAAAACUACCAUCAACUGACGUGAUGGUACUGCCCCUAAUUCUCCUGUUGCUGGCCCCAGCAACGUCUUAUAAGAUGGUAGAUUUGAGCAGAACAUCUGGUAUUGCUCCAAUCAAGAUACAGAAUUCUCAUAUAAUUAAUGAAACUUUUACCUAUGUUCAUAAUAUUAAUACUAGUUAUUUACGUUUAGAAUUAAGUAAUAUUGAAACAUUUGUUGAUUUUCUCGCUAAAAGGAAUAAUAUUGAUAAGAGUCGCUUAAGUAUGAUGAAAUUGAAUUUGAAAUACACUAAGAAUAAAUUGAAUGAGAUUCAAUCCGUUAAUUAUAGGCAGAAAAGAGGUCUUUUUAAUGGUUUAGGAUCCGCGAUUUCGUGGAUCACUGGGAACAUGGAUGCUGAUGAUAAGGAAAGAUAUGACAAAAUUUUGCAGACAGUCCAAUCUAAUGAAUAUCAUCUUAGUAACAAUGUAGACAAGCAAUUUGCUGUAAAUCAGAAAUUAAUUAACGAAUUCAAUAAUGAGAUGAAAGUAAUCAGAGCGAAUAAUCUAAAAAUCAGCAAUUACUUUAAUUCUUUGUUCAAUGAAUCCAACCGAAUGGAAAUGAAUCAGCAAUCCUCUUUGUUAUUCGACUCGCUCCUGCUUCUGAAUAAUAAAAUAUCUGACAUUGUAACUAGUCUCGAAUUUUGUAAAUUGAAAAUACUGCAUUCUUCUAUUAUUUCUCAUGAUGAUCUUUUUCUCCUACAAAAAAACUCAAAUGUCAGCUUUAUUUCAAAUAAAAUUAGUGUGUUAUGGAAACUAAGCAAAGUACAUUGUGGAAUAUUUAAAGACCAUAUUUCAUAUUUUGUGGACGUACCGCUAUUGUCAACUGUUUAUGAAACGUUUUUUCUAUUGUCUUAUCCUGUCAUUGUCGGUAACGAAAUUUUAACAACUAUUGCACAUCCUUCUUUUGUUCUUCGAAAUGACAAAUUAUUUUCUGGAAAUUGUGAACUCAUUUAUGAUGAUUAUUAUUGUAGUGAAGUAAGCGAACUUAAUGAUAAAUGUAUUGAGCAAUUAUUAAAUGAUAGGAAUCUAGACGGAUGUAGUAAGGUAGUUUUGAAAGACGGAGAUUCUUUCAUAAAAUAUGUAGAAAUAGUUGAUAGUUUUAUAUUAUUUAAUUUUAGUACAUGUAUGGUUCUGAAUACUGAUGUGAACAAGAAUAUUACUCUUUUUCUUAAUAAGAAAACGCAAUUGUUGAAAAUUAAUAGCUCAGAAACACUGAUUGGUUACUACAAACCAAAUAUAUUUUGGGAAAACGAAAUUGUACUUCCAACUGAAUUUGUAGAAAAAAAACGACUAUCCAACCUCAACUUUGAUCAAGUACAUAUUGCUAAUAUAAAUUUUCAAAAACUUGAUGUUCUAGAUGAGUUACCUCUGACCGAUAAUCGAAACCUAUGUAUUAUUCUUUUGCUUAUUUUUACUGUAAUUUUAUUGAUUGUUAUAAUAUUUCUCAAACGGCUAUUUAUCUGGCACAAACUUUGUAACCUAAUGUGUUGUAAAUCUGAAGUUGAAAAUGAUACUGUACAGCGUGAACCAGAACAAAUAUGCCCCAGACUACCAUGUACUUAGUUUAUAAUACUUAAAAUAUAAUAUAUGUUUUUUUAUCUCUUUGAAGCUGAGGGCAGCUUCACUCUUAGGGGGGAGGAGUUACAUCUGGUAACACCUAAUAUUAUUGCUGACGCUGUAUUCCAUUGUAAUGCUCGAUCAUAGUACUUUUAGUCAGUCUACUGCCAAACUUCACCGAGAGCACUUCUCUCUUUUUCGAUGUAUAUUUUAUAAUUAUGUGUUUGAAAAUAAAGUUUUCUUUUUAAAAA